AUCAACUUUUUCUUUUCCUUAUCCUUUCCAUUAUUUUAAUAGAUUCAAUUUCGAUAUUUCAUAGUAUUUGUACACAGCAAUCUUCAUUCAUACGAAAGCUAAAACAGCAUUGCCUCCCUUCUUUCUGCUUCUCACAGCUUCUCCAAGUUUAAAAGCAGUGUUGAAGUUCAUUUUCAGGCCGGUCUUGUAAAGGAAUGUUAUAGGCUUUCAAUAUAAACAUUCAGAAUGAAGAACACCAAAGCGACAACUCUCAGCCAACCCUUGACAAAAAAAUUUCAUGUCGAUGAUUAUUUGUCAUCAUUUGGGGAAAAAUAUGGAACAUAUGGGAUUGUGAGUGCUGCUAUUGCUGCUGUGAUCGUACCCAUAUUGCUUUCCUCUAUCAUGAGAAAGAAAAAGGGGAAAAAAAGAGGAGUUCCAGUCGAAGUGGGUGGUGAAACAGGUUAUGCUGUGCGCAAUGCUCGAACCACUGAGUUGCUUCAGUGUCCUUGGGAAGGAGCCACUACAAUAGCUGAACUUUUCGAGCAAUGUUGUAAGAAGUAUUCACGGAAUCAUUAUCUUGGAACAAGAAAAGUAAUUAAGAAGGACUUUGUUACUGCUAGUGAUGGAAGGAAAUUCGAGAAGCUACAGCUUGGGGAUUAUGAAUGGCAAACUUAUGGAGAAGUUUAUCAACGUGCUUGUCACUUUGCGUCCGGUCUUGUUAAUUUUGGUCAUGAUGUUGAUACUCGUAUUGCGAUAUUUUCUGAAACUCGAGCAGAAUGGCAAAUUGCUUUACAGGGUUGCCUUAGGCAGAAUAUAACAGUUGUCACUAUUUAUGCUUCACUAGGUGAAGAUGCCUUGACCCAUUCCCUAAAUGAGACACAGGUAACAACCUUGAUCUGUGAAUCCAAGCAGUUAAAAAAGUUGGCUGCAAUACGCCCAAGCCUGGAGACGAUCUCAAGUAUCAUUUACUUUGAAGACAAUGAAGCUGCCAAUAUUUCUGGUGUAUUUGGAAGUAUGAGUAGCUUGAGUGUUUCGUCCUUUCAUGAAGUUGAGUUGCUUGGGGAAAGAGCACCUGUUCCGCCUAGUCUACCCUCCAAGGACAAUAUAGCUGUUAUUAUGUAUACAAGUGGCAGUACAGGUCUGCCAAAGGGAGUUAUGAUAACUCAUGGAAACAUUGUAGCCCUUGCUGCAGCGGUUUUGACUGUGAUCCCAGGAAUUGGAAAGAAUGAUGUAUACUUGGCAUAUUUGCCCUUAGCUCAUGUUUUGGAAUUGGCAGCUGAGUCGGUGAUGCUGAGUGCAGGUUGUGCAAUUGGCUAUGGUUCACCUUUGACACUAACUGAUACUUCUAGUAAAAUCAUGAGAGGGACUAAGGGAGAUGCUUCUGUAUUGAGGCCUACUCUAAUGGCAGCCGUUCCAGCUAUAUUAGAUCGUGUCCGGGAUGGAGUUCUGAAAAAGGUUGAGGAGAAGGGAGGAUUAGCAAGGAAACUUUUUGAUAUUGCUUAUAAACGUCGACUGCAAUCUAUAGAAGGAAGCUGGUUUGGUGCUUGGGGACUUGAGAGAUGGUUGUGGGAUGUUAUUGUUUUUGAAAGGGUACAUGCUGCACUAGGAGGUCGCUUACGACUUAUGCUCUCUGGUGGGGCUCCUUUAUCUGCCAAUUCCCAACGCUUCAUCAACAUUUGCAUGGGGGCUCCCGUAUGUCAAGGAUAUGGCUUGACAGAAACAUGUGCUGGAAGUGCUUUCACUGAGUGGGAUGAUACAACUAUAGGCCGAGUUGGGCCACCCGUUCCUUGUUGCUACCUUAAGCUUGUCAAUUGGGAGGAAGGUGGGUAUUCAAUAUCCGACAAACCAAUGCCUCGAGGAGAGGUUGUUGUUGGGGGACAUAGUGUAACUCAUGGCUAUUUCAACAAUCCUGAGAAAACCGAUGAGGUUUACAAGGUCGAUGAGAGGGGCAUGCGCUGGUUUUACACCGGGGAUAUCGGACAAUUUCAUCCUGAUGGAUGUCUUGAGAUUAUCGAUAGGAAAAAGGACAUUGUCAAACUUCAACAUGGAGAGUAUAUAUCUCUCGGAAAGGUUGAGGCAGCAUUGACGUCAAGCAAGUUUGUCGACAAUUUGAUGGUGCAUGCUGAUCCCUUCCACAGCUAUUGUGUGGCUUUAAUUGUUCCGUCACGCGACGUUCUUGAGAAGUGGGCAGUAGAAGCUGGCAUAAAGUACCAAGAUUUCCCAGAACUGUGUGGCAAAGCUGAAACUGUUAGUGAAGUCCAAAAAUCACUUUCAAAGGUGGGGAAAGAUGCAAAACUAGACAAAUUUGAAAUACCUGCAAAGAUUAAACUGAUGGCAGAACCAUGGACACCUGAAUCAGGAUUGGUCACAGCAGCACUCAAAAUAAAGAGGGAACAAAUAAAGUCAAAGUUCAAAGAUGAUCUCCAAAAGUUGUACCAGUAAUAUACCCCUAAUAAAUGCAUUGAUUUAACCUUGGUAUUUUCACCGUCAUAUGCUCUCUUUCAUCUUUUUUGUAAGUUUUCAUGUAUGUGGAGACAAAAAAUCAAACAGUGUUGCUCCAUAGAUGAGUUGUAUUAGAUAAUUAGUAGUUUUGUUCUAAAAGAAUAAGCUCUGAUUUCAGUUAUUAGUUUCUCUUACUUUAA